UUGACCUGAUGUGGACCGAAGCGUUUCUAACAUGAACUUUCUCCCUGGUAUCUGGUGGUCUCUUCCCUUGGUCUUGAUCUGGGCGACCCCACCAGUCACCUCUUCAUGGUGGUACAUGGGCGCCGUGGGCUCGUCGCGAGUGAUGUGCGACAACGUGCCGGGGCUGGUGAGCCGGCAGCGGCAGCUGUGCCGGCGGCACCCCGAGGCCAUGCUCUCCAUCGGCCGCGGCGUGGCCGCCUGGACGGCGGAGUGCCAGCACCAGUUCCGCCGGCACCGCUGGGACUGCAACGCCCUGGAGCGGGGGCAGCGCCUCCUCGGCCGCGUCCUGCUGCGCAGUAGUCGGGAAUCUGCUUUUGUGCAUGCCAUUUCCUCCGCUGGAGUUGUUUUUGCCCUCACCAGGGCAUGUAGCCAAGGGGAGCUGAAAUCUUGCUCCUGCGAUCCCAAGAAGAAAGGCUCUGCCAAGGACAGCAAGGGCCAUUUUGACUGGGGUGGUUGCAGCGAUAACAUCGACUAUGGCAUUAAAUUUGCCAGAGCCUUUGUGGACGCCAAAGAACGGAAAGGAAAAGAUGCAAGGGCACUGAUGAACCUUCACAACAACAGAGCUGGAAGGAAGGCCGUGAAGCGGUUUUUGAAACAAGAGUGCAAAUGUCAUGGUGUGAGCGGAUCCUGCACUCUAAGGACGUGUUGGCUGGCCAUGGCAGACUUUAGGAAAACAGGAGAUUAUCUGUGGAAGAAAUACAAUGGAGCAAUUCAGGUGGUCAUGAAUCAAGAUGGCACGGGUUUCACUGUGGCUAAUAAGAAAUUUAAGAAGCCAACUAAGAAUGACCUGGUAUACUUUGAAAGCUCUCCAGACUACUGUAUCAGGGACAGGGAUGUAGGGUCCCUUGGGACAGCUGGUCGGGUGUGUAACCAAACCUCCCGCGGCAUGGACAGCUGUGAGGUGAUGUGCUGUGGGAGAGGCUACGACACCUCCCGCGUCAGCAGAAUGACCAAAUGCGAGUGCAAGUUCCACUGGUGUUGUGCUGUGCGCUGCCAGGACUGCCUAGAAGUGGUGGAUAUUCACACUUGCAAAGCACCGAAGAGCGCUGGCUGGAUCUCCCGGACAUAAUGCACGGGCUGCUGAUGCUGAGGACCACAGCCUUUUGUCCUUCCUGUUCCAUGCAGGGAAGGACAUCUGAGGUCUUCACUACUUUUAUACCUGUUUUGCCUUUGUUGUUCAUUGCACAGAAGUUGCUGAAUAAUUAUUAGAAAUG